GCUUAGUUGUUAGGAGCUAAUAACACAAGUUACUUAAAAGGAACUUACCUAUUUCAUAUUCCUGCUGAGUGCUGAAGCCUGAAGAUACUGCUAUACUCACUGAAGCAAUCUGGAAAUGUCUGAGUUAUUGAUGCGGCUUCCUUUGAGCAAAUUUACUUUCACUGGGAAUGGAACAGUAAGGGCUAGGAGAUAUAAGCAUGUGAGUUCAUGCCAGUGUGUGCUAGCAGAGGAUAAGCGAAGGGUUGUUGUGAAGAAUGGGAAGGAUGCGUUGGAUAUAUGUCGCGUUGUUAAUGGGAUGUGGCAGACGAGUGGUGGGUGGGGAAGAAUUGAGAGGGAUGGUGCUAUUGAUGCUAUGCUUAUAUAUGCUGAUUCUGGGUUAACCACUUUUGAUAUGGCUGAUAUAUAUGGGCCUGCUGAAGAUCUAUAUGGCAUUUUCAUCAACCGAGUUCGUCGUGAGCGUCCACCAGAAUUCUUGGAGAAGGUCAGAGGUCUCACUAAAUGGGUACCACCGCCGGUUAAGAUGACAAGAAGCUUUGUCAGUGACAGCAUAAAUGUUUCUAGGAAGAGAAUGGAUGUGGAUUCCUUGGACAUGCUUCAGUUUCAUUGGUGGGAUUAUUCAAAUCCUGGCUACCUUGAUGCACUAAAACACCUCACAGAUUUGAAAGAUGAAGGUAAGAUCAAGACAGUGGCUUUGACAAAUUUUGAUACAGAGAGAUUACAAAUUAUUCUAGAAAAUGAAAUUCCUGUUGUAAGCAAUCAGGUGCAACAUUCAAUUGUUGAUAUGCGUCCACAACAGAGAAUGGCAGAGCUUUGUCAGCUUUCAGGAGUCAAACUUAUAACGUAUGGGACGGUAAUGGGUGGUCUUCUGUCUGAGAAGUUCCUUGACACCAACAUAUCUAUUCCCUUUGCUGGUCCAGCAUUAAACACUCCCUCCCUUCAAAAGUACAAAAGGAUGAUAGAUGCUUGGGGAGGAUGGGGUUUGUUCCAGGGACUGCUAAGGUCGCUUAAACAAGUAGCUAAUAAACACGGCGUUUCUAUCCCAACUGUUGCCGUCAAGUACAUUCUAGAUCAGCCUGCAGUAGGAGGAUCAAUGGUUGGUGUUAGACUUGGGUUGUCGGAUCAUAUUGAAGACUGCAAUGCUAUCUUCUCGCUUGUACUCGAUGAAGACGAUGUAAACAGCAUAAGAGAAGCCUCAGCAAAAGGAAAGGAUCUGCUCAAAGUGAUUGGAGAUUGUGGAGAUGAGUACAGGCGUGCAUGACUCCUGCCGCAUGCAUAUCAACCAGGCAAACAUUGUUAUUUAUACAAACAUAGGACAAAACAGCAUAAAUGUUAUGGGAGAAUUCACGCCUAAUUUUAAUUUUGUGUGUAUUGAAUGGUUUUGUAAUCUAGUUUUGUACCUAGGUAAAUUCAAAACGCUGCAAAUUACACGAAGAGAACUAGUUUUGUACUCAUAAAAGUCUUUAUUGGACAAAAAGACUUUAUAGUUAACUUUAAUUUUGGAUAGAUUUAUCAUUUU